AUGAGUCAGUAUACGCGCGGUGGGGAGUACCCUGCCGGCGAGCAUGGCCAGCAGGUGUAUCCUCUCGCGUUCCAUAUGCAACCUGCGGCGGCGAUGCGCACAUCGCCGCCGCCCCUCGCCCCGUAUGCCCAGGGGGGGGAGGGGAGCCGUGCCCCACGCCCCGACGAGGCGCGCGUGUCGCACAUCCGGCACGGCAGGAAUAGCUCGAGCCCGGCGCGCGCAGGCGACAUGAUCGCCGAGGCCGGCGCGUGGACGACGCCGUCGCCGGGUGGCGCGUGGACCGCGCCGUCUGUCGCGUCGCCCCGCCGCCGCUCGCAUGUGCUCCAGCCGCGCUCGACGCCGCGCAUGACGGACAACGCGCGCGUGCCGUCGCCGCCGAUGCAGCCGGUGUACCCACUGAACAUCUCGCGGCCGUUUUCCUCCUCGUCGGUGCACUCGCAGGGCUCCGCAUCGUCGAAUGACCAUCUCGCGACCCACCCUGAGCGUGUGCUGAUCCAGGCGACGCUCGACAACGAGCACUUUUCGGUAGUGAACGUGUCGGGCCUCGACACAGCGCCGGCGAUCAAAGCGUGCAUCCUGCGAAAACUCCAGAUUCCGACCCAGGACCUGCAGCAGUGGGGCUUGGUCCGCACCGAGAUUGGGCACACGGACCUUGGCAGCUCGCUGCUGAUCGACGACGACACGCUCCUCGCACUGUGCCUGCAGAUUGGCGACGACAAGGGCACGGUCAAGUUCCUGGUACAGCGCCUCGGCACGUCGCCGGACCAUCGCGGCCUCUCGCCGCCGUUCUUUGACGCACAGCGCUUGCGCGGCACCUCGGCCCCGGCCCCGGCACAGCCCCGCACCUACUCCCAGGUGCGGCCCGCGCAAAAGGCUGCGUCGGGCUCAGACGUGCCGCGCACCAUGCCGUGGAGCGGGCAGACGUACGCCACGCCGACCGUCCACGAGGCGAUGGUCCUCGGCCAGUGGCCUGCGCCACAGACGCCGACGACGCCGCGCCGGUCCGUCGCCGCGCCGCCGAUCGCGCCGGCGCCGUCGCUGCCGUCGGCGCGCAACGACCCGUACGUCACCUCGGUCUUUCCCGCGUCAAGCAACCGCCAAGUGUCGCAGUUUCAGAUGCUCGCGCCCCAUGCUGCCGGCACGCAGCUGCAGCCGGGCAUGACGGUACAGACGGUGCUCGGCGUGCCGAGCCCGGGCCCGAUGCAUGCCGCCCAGAGCGCGCCGCCGACCGCUGCGCCAAAAGAGCGCUCGUACAGCGGCGACGCACCCGCCUCGCUGCAACCGUCGCACCCCAGCCUGCGCCACAUUACCUCGCCCCCGCUGGUGGGCGCGGAUCUGUACGGACUGAACUCGCAGCUGCCGUCUGCCUCCUCGUCCUCGUCGCAGGUCUCGCUGCCGACGCGCAGUCCGCGGCAGGACAAUGCGCUGGAGCUCGACACGCACCCUGCGCCGCCCAUCUACGAGUACACUGCGCCGAAUCCGCCGCCGAUGCGGCCCGAGAAGCCGCGCGCGCUCUCGCAGUCCUCCAACGACGCACGGCCGACCAAGCCGCGUUCGGGCUCGAGCCCCUCCGAGGCGCGGCCGCACAUGCUGGCGAUGCAGCGCACCGCGUCGCAGAAUGCUGUGGCCUCAGACGAGCACCACAGCGUAUACCCCUUGUUUAAAAGCGACGAUCGCGUCGACACGCCGGAUGCACGCGCCGCCGACGACCGCGCGAGCGUGCGCCCCCUUCCCAUCAUCCCCAGCCCGGUGUCUGCGUCGCCGAGCAGCGCGCAGACCCAAGACUCCGGCGCGCCGUACCUCGACCGCAGCGAGCAGCGGGGCUCGUGGGGCCGCGAGCUAAACUCGUCGGUGACCGCAGCGACGAGCGUCUCGACGCCGCGCAGCGACACGCCCAGCACCGAGGAGGAGCAGCGUGUGGCAUCCGUGCAGCGCCUCAUGAACCACAUGCGCAUGGCCGAGGAGCGCAAGGCGGAGUCGGCGACAUUCGAGUCCUUUUCCGACGACACGCUCGGCGGGACGUUUGCGCAGUCGCUCGACGCGUCGACGCUGCGGGAAAGCGACACGAUCCGCGCCGACCGCUCGCUGUCCAACAGCCUCGAAGGCAGCGCGACGCCGGGCACGCGCCCGGUGCUCACCCUGUCCAUCUCGCCGACCACGCGCCAGGCCGCCCAGGAGCUGCCGCGCGCCUCGGUCGAGCGCAAAGGCUCCUUUGCGGACCGCGGGCAGCAGUGGGCCUUCCGUCCCCCGGCCGAGCAGCUGUACGAGCAGCUGGACGACCUCUUUCCCCGCCACGACCUCGAUCGGCCGCUCACCGAUACGGCGUCUGCGUCGCCGUCGAGCGCACGCAGCUUCGCCCCGGCGCUGCCCAAGCCAUCGCGGGGACUGGCACGCAGCCAGCACCACUCGAUCCGAAUCAUUGCGCAGAACCGCAAGCGGUUCUUGGAAAAUACCAAGCACGUCGAGCGGCGCCGCGCGGCGCGCGACGAGUCGCUCCUCGACCGCCGGCGCUCGACGAAGCUGUGGGGCGGGCGCAUGGUCGAGAUGAAGACCAAUGGCCCCGAGUCGGUGGGCCUUGUACCCGACGCGCCGACCGGCCCCGAGGUCGAGCCGAGCUCGCGCCCCGUGUUCAAGUGGGUCAAGGGUGACUUGAUCGGCAAAGGUACCUAUGGGCGUGUCUACCUCGCGCUGAAUGCCACGACCGGUGAAAUGAUUGCCGUGAAGCAGGUCGAACUGCCGCGCACCGACGCCGACCGCGACUCGAGCCGCCAGCGCGGCGUCGUCGCCGCGCUCAAGUCGGAGAUCGAGACGCUAAAGGACCUCGACCACCCCAAUGUGGUGACGUGCCUCGGCUUUGAGCAGACGCACGACACACUCAGCAUUUUCCUCGAGUACGUCCCGGGUGGCUCGAUCGGCUCGUGUCUGCGCAAGCACGGCAAGUUUGACGAGGACACGGUGAGCUCGUUCCUGAACCAAACGCUUCAAGGCCUCGCCUACCUGCACAAGCAAGGCAUUCUGCACCGCGACCUCAAGGCCGACAACCUCCUGGUCGACUUCCAAGGCACCUGCAAGAUCUCCGACUUUGGCACCGUGCGCCGCAGCGACAAUAUUUACAACAACGUGGAAAACAUGUCGCUCCAAGGCAGCAUCUUUUGGAUGGCGCCCGAAGUGAUGAGCCUUUCGCCGAAAGGCUACAGCGCCAAGGUCGACAUCUGGAGCCUGGGCUGUGUCGUGCUCGAGAUGCUUGCAGGACGCCGCCCGUGGUCCGACGAGGAGGCAAUCCACGCCAUGUUUAAAAUCGGCGCCGAGCGACGUGCCCCUCCGGUGCCGGCGGACUGCAAGCCGUCCAAGCCCGCCGCGCACUUUUUGCGCAACUGUUUCGAGACGAACCCGGACCGCCGCCCUACGGCUGCUCGCCUCCUCGAGCACGUAUUCGCCUGGCCCUCGCCGGAAUACUGCUUCGAGAACUCGGCGCUGUACAAAGCGCUCCACAGACAAUCUGUAGACUAG